GGAGGUGUUUGAAAUUUUUCAUAAGACUUACAAAAGAAAAACCUUCCGUCCUUACUCUUUAAACCUUUCUUUUGUUACAUGUCGUCUGUCUAUCAUAUGCUGACAGACCGACUGAAAAGCGUAAAGUUGCCAACGCCUCUGGCUGGACUCAUGUCUCGACAGUGGUCCGCCUAUGAUUUACAAUAUCCCUUCAUGGCCAUGUUUUGGAUUAUCGAUUUCAGCUUUGUGAAAUUCCCUCCAGUUUAUGUUUGCCUCCUGUUAAUGGCAUUGCUGCUCGGCGCCACAGCAGUCCCUUACGUUCGACGAUUCGUAAUUCCAUUCCUUCCCAUCUUCACAUGGCUAAUUACCUACUACACUGCUCAGUUUAUUCCGGUGGAAAUGAGACCUCAGCACAUUUUUGUCAACGUCUUACCGACCCUGGAGCGAAUUCUGUACGGAAACAGUCUGUCUGAUUUGAUAUCUCGACAUACGCAUCCUGUACUCGAUAUAUUGGCUUGGAUUCCUUACGGUGUUAUCCACUUCUCGCUCCCAUUCGCCUUCUCCUUUGCCAUGUGGUACUUUGGUCCACCAGGCUGCUUAGACGUCUUUGCCUCCGCCUUUGCCUACAUGAAUCUAGCAGGAGUCUUGACCCAAUUUUUAUUUCCAUGCGCCGCACCAUGGUACGAAAAUAAGUACGGAAAUGCUCCUGCUGAUUAUUCGAUUCCUGGCGAGCCGGCCGGUCUGGCUAGAAUCGAUAAGAUCCUUGGACUCAAUCUUUAUGGAGCCAGUUUUGGCGCUUCGCCCAUGGUUUUCGGGGCGUUCCCCUCUUUGCAUAGUGGUUGUGCGACCACCCAAAUGUUAUUCUUAGUUUAUCUGCGUCCACGUCUUUGGCCAUUGGCCUUUGGCUACACGCUCUGGUUGUGGUGGUCUACCAUGUAUCUGACACAUCAUUACAUGAUUGAUCUGGUAGGCGGAAGCAUUUAUGCCUUUUUGGCCUUUUUCGCCGCAUAUCCCUUUCUACCCACAGUGCGCGCUGAUGCCCGAACUCGCUUUGAUUAUUUGGGCAUUACAAAAGUCACGUUUCGAAAUGCCUUUGGGUCAUUGGAGUCGGCUCGCCCUUACAUCCUUCAGGAGCGGGCUGAGCGUGAGAAGCAGAGGCGGCUGGUCAACAUGGAGGACGAUGAAGAAUAUCUGUUGGGACAUAUGGAUAAACCUGAAGAUGCUUUGCAUGCACCUGGCGAUGAUGGGGAAUAUGUGGUGAUGCAUGCUGCCGACGAGAUAGACGAUACAGUCAAGUUGCGCCUACGACGUGCCGACGACUCAAAUACCUCAUCCAACACUUCAUCCAAACCCUCAAGUAUUAUCUUCUCGCGACCUGGAUCUCCUUCUUCUCAUCGAUCCACGCCAAGAUCCCCACGGUCUCCCCUUUCACCGUCGUUUGCUUCUGCAAAGGUGGUCGAACCGGCAUCGCACGAAAUGUUUUAAAGUUACUUAUAUUAUUGGUCAUCGUUGUUCUUGACUUUUGUCUUACAAUAUCCUUUCCAUUUUUUUUUUCUUAUUUAUUCCUUUCUCUACUGUACAGUACAUUAUAUCAUCCGAUAGAUUUCUCUUCUCCUUCAAUACCUAGUGUUCUUGUUACAUUAUUUUAGGUCUUGCAUCCGUUGCUGCUGCAUUCCUUGUCACUAAUAAAUUGCCUACCAAAUCUGUAUUACACAUUAAGCCAUUACACCGCGUCUAUGUUUAAGUAGCUUGUACGCCUUGAGGAUAAUGAUCAUGACUCCGGCUACGCGGAGAAUGCCAGCAACAGCCAGUGAUUUUCGAAGCGCAGCAUAAUACAAAGGCAGAUCAGCAUCUUCGGCCCAUGAAUUA